AUGGCAUUAAUUUCACUUGCAAAAGUAAAUCUUAAUGAUAACAUAACACCCUACAUGCAAUUACUAUCUGACAAUGGUGACAAAUAUACAUUAUCAAUUAAUGCUGUAUAUUUGGGAACAGCAGAAGAGGCACAAAGAGCAGUCAAAGAAUUAGUUAAAAUAUCAAAACCAGCUUACAUGAAAUUUGAAGAAAGGUCAUGGUGGGAAGCUAUUUCAGAAAAUGCUACACUACAAACAAUAUUUCCAGUAUUUAAUCGCGAACCUUUUAAAUCCACAUCUUAUGAUGUUGCGCCACCAGGACUUUCUCGAGAAGGCCUUAAAUUUUUAAGAAACUUUCUUAAUAAUAUUGAAUGUCAUACAAAAGCAUUAUUCGAUGUAUAUGCUGAUGGAGCAUGUAAUGCUACUAAACUUGAAAGUACUUUCAAGUCUGAAAUGAUUUCACUAAUUACAGAAUUAGAUUUGUAUUUGACGUUUGAAAUAUCAUACACAACUUAA